AUGAAAUCUGUCUAUAUUUUUUUCCUCUUGGCCGCUCUGAUCUUCACCGACUUUACACCAGCCAAUGCUACACCUCUCAAAAAGAGAUGGCAGCGAAGACCUAGACCAUGUUGUCCUGUUUCUAGAUGCGUAUUUAAUCAAGGCGAUACUGUCUUGAACCGGCCCGGAUUUUCUGGCAACACUUUUAAUGGAUUUCUUGAAUUUACGCAGUCGCCCAGGGACACUUUGGAAAUCGCCGGUAAUGUAAAUAUCGCCGGUGUAGUAAACGGAGCUGUUGAAGCGCUUUAUGAUAUCCAUGUGGCCAAUUGUGACACGGCCACUACCAAUACGCCUGGAGACCCUGCCACCAUCAACUUGGAUUUUGCGUCUUUCGACAAGCCAAUCCUCACAUCGCUAAACUUACCAAUCAGCAGAAUCAGAGACCAAUGUUGCUUUGUCGUGGAAGAAUCUGCGGCAAAUAGGGGAUCUGUUCCUCGUAACGAAAGAAUUUUGGGAAUUGCACGUGUAACGCGUGUUAAUGACUGUCCUACCCGUCAAUAA